CAAAGACCACGUGUCCGUCACGUGAGCCCUCGCGGAACCAGGAAGCAGCCAAGCAGUUGUGUUUUAACAGGGACUGGUGCGCACGGCCUCAGAAUGGUGUCUCUCAUCUGCACUUUACAAAACCACCUGGACGACGUGAACUGCUGCUCUUUCUCGGCGUCGCUGCUGGCGACGUGCUCCGCGGACAAGACUGUGCGCGUGUACCGCACGCGAGACUUCACCGAGCUCCCGUUCUCACCCCUGUCCGGUCACGGCUACGGGGUCCAUUGCUGCUGUUUCAGCCCCUGUGGGCAGUAUCUGGCCUCGUGCUCCACCGACGCCACCACGGUGGUGUGGGCGAUGGGCAGCGGUGAGAUCGAGGCCGUUCUGGAGCACCCCGGGAGGAGUCCGGUCAGGGUGUGUGCCUUCUCGCCGGCCUCGUCGCACCUGGUGUCCGGCGCGGCGGACGGCAGUGUUGCGUUGUGGGACUUUCCGUCAAGACGUCUGCGCAGGACGGGCGCCGUGCCCGACACCACCAUCGUGGCCUGCUCCUUCUCGCCGUGUGGUCAGCUGGUCGCCACGGGCUCCACGUACGGAGACCUCCGCAUCUGGGACCUGAGUCUGAACCAGCUGCAUGCGGAGAAGUAUGCCCACGACCUCGGGGUCACCUGCUGCCAGUUUGCCCCACAGAUACUGAAAGUCGUCGGUGGAUGUGUGGUCCAGUUCCGCUUGGCGUCCUGUGGUCAGGACAGCUUUCUGAAGGUCUGGUUUGUCUCUCUGACAUCUCCCACAGGUUGUAAAAUGCAGCUGUUACACACACUCUCAGGUCAGUCUGCUACAGUCCUGUCUUGCGCAUACUCUGCAGAUGGACAGCUUUUAAUCUCUGGAUCUAUGGAUAAGAGCGUUGCCGUGUACGAUGCUAAUAAUGGUAUCUUACUGUAUACCUUGAACCAGCAUGAGAGGUACGUGACAGCCUGUGCUUUCUCCCCGAUCGCUCCGCUCAUGGCGGCCGGCUCCAUGGAUAAGACGGUGAGCGUGUGGAGAGUGGAGGACGGUUCCAGCGGCCCGGACAAGGCUCUUCCAGAUGAGGCUGCUUGUGCCUCCCAGGAAGCAGGCAGGAAGUGGGCGGGUCACUUCAAGCUGAUGGUGAGUGAGUGGUCGGAAGAUGACGUGUCGGCAUGGUUACGGGAGGAGGGGCUGGAGAGCCUCGUCGACACGUUCAAGGCCAAUAACAUCGACGGGGCGGAGCUGCUGUCUCUCAGCAAGGAGAGCCUCAGCUCAGAGCUUAAUAUAGAGUCCCUGGGUCUACGCAGCAGAGUCUUGCGGAAGCUGGAAGAGCUCCGGGCGGCACCAGUGUCGGACGGUAUUCCUGACGAAUACCUCUGCCCCAUUACCCACGAGGUGAUGAAGGACCCCGUGAUCGCCGCCGACGGAUACUCAUACGAGCGGGAGGCCAUCGAGAGCUGGAUCGGCACCAAGAGCCGCAGUAGUCCCAUGACCAACCUGCCGCUGCAGACCACGCUGCUCACCCCCAACCGCACGCUCAAGAUGGCCAUCUUCCGCUGGAGCAGCAGCCGCUGAGCCCCACCCCGCCCUCACAAUCUUCACCGAAGUUCAUAGCAUUAGGCUGACGCUCUUAUGCAGAGAGACUUACGUAUUUAUCAGCAUGAUACUACAUGUGCUCUCCAGGAGGCCCUCUGGCCCUGUCCCGCCCCCUAGAUGUGUGAACGUGAUGGAGCCUCCGACUCCGUCUUUUUAGGUCCGUCUUCGGCGGUCCGCAAAGCAUUUCUUCCCGUUCUGCUUUCGAGCUCCAGUGUAAAACUGCACGGACUAGAGCCAAGGUCCCCGGUCCCGUCCUACGGACACACCGGUGCCGGCCCGUUGGACCUGGCGUCUCCUCCCCCCAGAACCACGCUGGAAAAACGGACCUCUCCAAACCUCCUUACCCCGGUGAAGAAACCGUCAGUCCGCCUCGCAAUGCAUACAAAGGCAGGACUCUGAGCCCAUUCGAGGGGAUUAAGUGCAUGAGUGUGUGACGCAAGAGCUGGCAGCCGGCUGGCACAGGCUGAUCUCAGAACAGCUUUAGCCCAAACUGUGCUCUUCAUACUGUAAGGCAACAUGCUGGUCAACAUUUAUUAUUUCACUUUACACUAACAGGGAAAUAAUCAAAUUCACAUUGAAAUUCUGUGGUAACUAAUUAAAUCUGUUGGGUGGUUGCUAAGAGCCAUGUUUAUCAAACCUUUAUGUUCCUACUUUCUGUUUAGCUGUGUCUGAAUAUUAAAUUACAGUAAGUAGUAUGUCCAACUGAUUUAUAUGCUUGUCUGAAACAACAUUUAGCCUGAGUAAACGACCGUCUUCCUCUGCGCCUGCUAUUAUUAACUAGAACAGGAGAAAGUCUGGGUUGUGGAAAUGCAGCAUUACGCGUGUAAACAGACUUAGUCCGGUGUAAAGAUCCUGGUUUAGGAAUGUAGUUGCCUGUGACUGGUUAGCGUAAGGUUAGACGGCACCAACACUGAAUAAACAAACUAAUUAAAGAUAAUUAAAACCUUAAUCUCA